UAGCGCCCCCUGGCGGCCGGCGGACUCACGAUUUUGGUGCUGCUGAUAAAUUAACGAAAUUUUAAUUUGAUUUCCUUCACAAAUUUCCGGCGAACUGAGCCCCGGCCCGGUCUCCACCCCAGUCCCUUGUGCCUGGGAGUCCGAUUGUCUGCCAAGUGGUAGCAAUGGUAUUGGUGGGGACACAGAAGCAGCAGCAGCAAAUAAACUAAGUGAAUUUAUGGCCCCAGGGCAGGAGGCGAUUCGAGCACACGUGUGCGACAUGCCCACACAUUGACACCUUGCCAGCAAACAGCAAGAGCAACUACCAAAAGCCAAAAGCCAACUACCAACCACCGGCCAAUAACCGACUAACCGCACUCCAAUAGGGCUGCAGGUCCCUGGGCGCGUUUUCGGAUCGGUUUGGAGUAGAUCGGUUUUUGUUUAUGCUGGGCAGGCACAAACGAGCUGACAAUGCCCCAUGUCAGGCCUCCAAGUACGUGCGGCCAAACAAAUUACAGGGAAAUUGCGUCACCUGCAGGAAUUUCCACUCAGCAUUGUCAAAGGCCAUCAAAAGUUGUUGGACAUGUUGUAACAUUAAUUUGACAUUUUACGGCCCAGGCUAAGGAUCGGCAGGAUGA